AGCAGCCAUUUUCGAGCGCUUUUCCUUUGUUCCUUGGACUCUUUUGACACCUUGGAUUUCCGCAAUUUUUACAGAUACCUAGGAGAUCUGUCGUCGCUUAUCCACAGCAAGGACUUUGCCCUUAAUAUUUCCGCGCGAUCUAUGGCCGAGCGUAGGCGAAGUGCCCGACAGCUGGCACGAAUCGCGGCGAAAGAUCCCGAGAUCAGUCCGUCAAUAUUGAACUCGUGGACUGUUGUGAAAUUGCGCCAAGAAUUAAAAAGAAGAGGGUAUCCUACAACAGGCUUGAAAGCAGAAUUGGUAAUUUUCUGUUGUACCUGAAUUACAUAUGUUUAUAUGCUGUUCUUUAAUAAGCUUCGCGUUUCCGCUUUAGCUUUAUUUAAAUAUUUAUCAUUUGUUUCGUUUCCGCUGUACUCAUAGAUUGCACGAUUAGAGAGUUUAGAUGAAAUACCCCUAAACGAAAUGUCCGAAGAAUCUACCAAUUGGUAAGCAGAUUCCCUUUUUUACCGUCUUUAAGGGCUAUUAUUUGAUUGUAAUCAUAUAUUUUACACUUAUAGCUAUGAUAGAAAGACAUACAUCGAAAGAAAUAGUUAGAGGUGUAAUUCUCAUGGUUGUCUUGCAAUCAUACGUCCUUACUGUGUCUGCAUACGUGUUCAAAUCCUGCGCACUGGUAUUAUUAGUUUAUCCGGGAAAAUACUCAUAUUUGUGUGAAUUGAAGAAUUCUCUUUUUCUUUGCUGGCAGUGAUUUGUCAAUUCAUUAUUUACUGUUUUAGUCGCAAGUGUGGCAUAUUUCGUAUUUUAAACCUUAGAGAACUGGAAGUUAACAAAUUCAUUUUCCGACGAAAGUUAGUCGUGACAUCCACGUGUUUGAUUAGCUGUACAGUGUUUGUGAUAUGUUGUUCUGGGGUUCAUUGCAAAGAAAAUUGGUUGAAGAAAGAUUGUCUGAUCUCUUUGAUGUGUAUGAUUUCCUCCGCUGCAAUUGAAAGUCUCAGUUUCAGUGUUAUUAGAAUUUAUCAUAUUUCCUUUCUAUCCAGUUUUUUGCUCAUUUAUUUUUUCUAUCCAUGAUGUGUGAUGAUGUCAUUCAGUUUUCUUUGCCAAUUUUUUACUUCUUCGCAAUUCAUGAUGUGUCAAUUGUUUGAAAUGUAGAGAGUAAUUUUGUCAUUUCUAAGUUCUUUUCAUUAUUUAGCUGACUUUGCAGGUCAAAUUGACGAUUUUUAAUGUCUGAAGGAAUAAAUUAACAUCAGCUUUUGAGAAAGUAUAUUUGCAUGAACUACUUUAAAAUCACUUAUUACAUUUAUUGAAAUCAGGCAAUGUUUAUAAACAAUUUAUUUGACCUGUAGAUUCCUCUAAUGACCAGACAUUUCCAUCACUGGGGGGAGUUGAAAUGUUUCUGUAUCAACUUGGCAAACUCAUUUCAUCACUGAGUUAGUCUCUUAGCUCUGGUAGUUCUCUUUGCCCUGUUAUGUGUUGUCCUAUCCACUCUCCUCUUGCCUUGGUUCUCAGGCAAUGAAUUCAAUUUGCCUCUAGCUGUUUUUUACUUCUGAAGUAUUCAGUUCUUUUUCAUUUGUAAACCAAGUUGCUCUUUGAUAUGAUAACUAUGAUGUAACACGAGGAUCUGAGAUCUCUGUCAUCACUUUGAACAUGCUGGUACUUACUUACUGGUUGUUACUUCCAGAGUAGGGGGCUUUAAUUUUCAGGGGUUGAUUGAAAAAAAUUAACAUUGUUCUUAGGAUAUAAAUACUUUCAGAGGUGUUUCAUUUUAUGAGGUCUUCUGUGUAUUUUAAUGUUAGGAUUUACCCAAUAUUCUCUUAGAGUACAACCAACAAUAACUGUCACAAAGAGAAAUACACAAUCAUUACCAAUCACAAGUUUUCUGCUCAAGGUCCCUCAGUAUCAACUCAUUUUAUAAUUUACAUAUGUCAAUGAUUUUGUGAUCCAGAAAGUUAACUUCCAAACAUAGCAUGAGUGCAGAAAUGUAUAAUACAUCAUGAUAUUAUUGUCUGUAGGAUCAAAAGUUGUAUGUCUUCUUUUCAUGUGUACUGUUUUAUUGUAUAUUCACUGGUAGGAUCCACAAUUUAUCAGUUAGUUUUCUCCCACAGUGAUCCACCUUUGACUGCCAUUUGUUUGUUUAUCUAUUUAUUUUUUUGUUUUCAGUAAGCAACAAACCUCCUCUGCCAAUACUGGAGGAGCAAGGCAUAGGGAAAAAAUGAAUCAAGGUAAGAAGAGUGAUCUUAAAACAAAGAAUCAAAUACAUCAUUAUUAAAAGAAACUAUGAGAAAGUUCUUCUAUCAGACUGAGUAUAAACCUCUUACCUUUACUAUUUAUAAAUAAACUCUCCAUACUGUAUGUCAAAUGUUUCCUUUAUUUUUAUGUCUGAGAGUUUGGUGGUAAAUCAGACAGUAUUCCCUUAGUUUUUCGUUACCUCUUAUCACCCAAUCAGUGGGGUCCUGAUAAGGUAAAUUCCGACAAGUGACAUGACUCUGACAAAGCCACAUGACUCUGGGACAAAGAGAACUGUGAAAUCAACCACUAUAUUGGCUUUCUAAAAGUUGGACAAUGAUUUGCAGCACAUUCAGGUAGAAGAAAUUGUAUUUUACAAAUAAGUUAAACUUUCCAUGAGUAUUUCCUCUCUGUAUUCCCAUGUCACACUUUGCAAGACUAUUAAUUAAGUUUGUUUGAUAAUAAAAAAUUAUCCUAAAAUAAAAUGGUUCUGGAACAGAAUUAUGAGGACACAUUUACAUUGAACAGUCUAUCAGUGACUUUGGGCAACAUUGUGGCAGCAACAUGAAACCUUCCAAAACUGCAAUAUGAAAAGCUAGCUUUUAAGGUUUGAAACUCAGACAGGAGACAUAUAGGCUCCUCCCUCCCCCCCCAACAGGGCUUUAUUAAUCAGAAGACAGAAAUGUUUGCCAGAGUCAAUUAUCAAGCUUGGCAGCAGGUUGAUUUUCAAGACCUCGAUGAUAUUGAAAUAAUGAAUUAUUGAAUUGUAUGUUCAUUUGAUCUCUGUGUUGGACUAAUUAAAAAGUGAGAAUUUCCAGCAGAUGGAUUUGUGAGGUCUCAAAAUAUAAUCCUGUUGUUGAUGUGGUAAAUCAGAUCACUCUUGACCAUACACUUUAGGCGGGAAAUGCCUCUAGUUGAAUAAUUAUGGGGAACUACAUUUAGUUGUCAGUCAAGAAUAGCUGAGCUUGACAAAGACAUUCAGAAACUAGUUAAGAAUAAUAGUUAUAUAAGUUAACAGUGGAUACCUCAACUUUCAGUCAAAAGGAAGGGUCUAGACAAAGAAUGCUCUCCCAAUAUUAAUUAGUGUGAAUUCAAUUUUUCAUGCCCUCUUGGGUAGUGUAUACCUGAGGGUUACUUUUAAUCUCUUCUAUACUCUCCUGGGUAGUGUAUACCUAUGGGUUACUUUUGAUCUCUUCUAUACCUUCUUGGGUAGUGUAUACCUGAGGGUUAUUUUUAAUCUCUUGCAUACCCUCUUGGGUAGUGUUUACCUGAGGGUUACUUUUAAUCUCUUCUAUACCUUCUUGGGUGGUGUAUACCUGAGGGUUACUUUUAAUCUCUCCAAUACCCUCCUGGGUAGUGUAUACCUGAGGAUUACUUUUAAUCUCUUCAAUACCCUCUUGGGUAGUGUAUACCUGAGGGUUAUUUCUAAGUUCUUCUCUAUCCUCCUUACAUGGCAGUCGUGUUAGACAAUAUUCAUUAGUGUGAAUUUGCUCACAAUGACCCAAAAUAUAAUAAUGUUGUUUUAGAGAAACAUGAAGACCAGGUUCUACCCUGUUAUAGUUGAUUUUGGCAAGAGUGUUGUCUCUGGAAAUGCUAAAAAUGCUGUUCCAAAACCUUCAUACUUAAAAGGUCAUUAUAAGAAUAGUUGCAUUGUGCCGAAGCUUGUAGACGGAACAGGGAGACUGUCAGUUGAAAGCGAUUUGUAUUCUCUGGAUUAUAUAAUCAACACAGGUUUUGGACUUUAAGUUCAAAACCAUGACUUGUAUAAAGAAGGGUUUGUUAGAGUUAGCCUUAAGUAGGCCUAGCCUUCAAUCACAGCAGUAAAAUCAGCUUUACCGGUACAGCUUUUUAGGCUAUUCUUGAGUUUCUUCUUUUGAUGUGUUUUAAAUUGUUCCUGUUAUAUGUUACUGUAACAUUUGGUCAGGACUAUUUGUGGACCUUGUGUUUACCGUUGUCUUCUUUAAGACAUGCAUUGUUUCUAUACAGAAAAAUAAGCUUAGUGUGCUGCCACUUGAGUUAUUUCGAAUUAGACCCAUUAGGUUUGUUUGAGGCAUUUCUCUGGACUCGUGUUUCUGAACAAUGAGCAAACAAAGUAGAGUUGUGUCUGGAAAAUGAUUAGAAAUGUAGUUAUCAGAAGUUGUGGUUUUUUCCUUUUUGGUCAAGGGGAGCUUUAUUAACUUUUUCAUAGCAAUUAUCAGAUGUCCUGGAAUGUUCAGCGAACACCUCAUGCCACCAAGAGACAUCAAACCUUGGCAUCAAUACAAUAUCAAGCAGACAAAUAACGAGCAUCAAUAGAAUUAUCAAUUAGGGCAUUAUUGCUUGAGCGUAAAAUUCUCCAAACUAUAUGUAACAUCUCAGAAUUUUACGGCAGACAAUAAGAAGGAUUACUAAAAUGAGAUCUUGAGAGAAGAGUGUAAAUAACAGCCAGCACAGCUCCUAUACAAGUUAACAUUUGUAAGUGCUUCACAUAGAAUCUUUCCACAGAAAAUGACACCAUGGUAAUUAAUCAAACAGUGCCAGUCAAUGGAGUGAGUGCUGGUGUCCUGUCAGAAGAUGAGAUACGAGCACAGAAAAAAAUAGAUCAGAAAAGAAGACAAGGGAUCGUACUUUGGCGUCAGCCCUUUUUAACUUUAACUUACUUCUGCUUUGAGAUGGGGAUUCUUUUACAUGAUUAUAAGGAAAGGUAACUGGUAAAAUAUUCAUUUUAUUGAUUAUUAAUUUUUUCUGUUCUAGGAAAUAUUUUCUUAUUUAGUCCUUUGUCUGUUAACAGUUGGUUCCACAAAGUAACUUCCUUGAUUGAAUGUCAGAAAUUUUUAUUUUGAUAGAGUAUUGCAUUAAACUGUAAGUUAGUAGUUUUUAUGUAGGCUUUCAUGCAAGUGACAUAUUUUAUUAGUGAAUCAAAUGAAUUAGUAUGUAUGAUAUUAGAGUGUUUUUUUUUUUAUUUUGUUAAUUUUCAGGGUAUUAAAACACAAAAAAACAGUUUCAUCAAUAGUCCUGAUAUCAAUUUUAAUGACUCUGGUAUAUAAUUUGGAGGGCUCCCAUCAAGAGGUAAUACAUUGACCUUUUUUUCUUAACCUGUGUGGGGUGUUAACCCUUCAACUCCCAAGAUAUGAUUGUCAAUUCUCCCCUCUAGCUGCUACAAAUAUCCUUGUAAAUUAGUGAUAAGAAUUUGGUGCAAGAUCAAGAUAACAAUUGCUACCUGAUUAGUUUGAAUAUUCCCAUUGCCUGUUUACUGUAUGAUGUAAGGAUAUUAGAGGGAGAAGUUUCAUGUUCAUCACUUCUGGGAGUUAAAGGGUUAAAGCACAUUUAGAAAUUAGAGUGAUUUUCAAUUGAGUUUGAAGUAAUCUGGGAUUUCUCCAGGUUCACUUUACUUGGUUCUGUAAUUGGUCCAGAAAAGUAGGGCAAUGAUGAGAUUAUCUAACAUAAACAGUGGUAUUUGACUAGAUUAUUUAAAGGGAAAUUUUUGUUUUUAUUGAAUAGUAUGUGUGUCUCAGCUCUAACUUGUACAGUGUAGUAGUGGGCCCUUACACUCAGGAGACAGACUGACCAAUGAACAGGACAUGCUUGUUGAGUAAUGUAAGGCCAUGACACUCUGGAGCACAAGGUCUGUGUGACAAACUGCCAUGUAUUUGCUCCUUCCAAAAUAUGUUACUGUGACUCACCCAGUUUUAGUUAUUUUGGGGCUCCUUGUUUCAGUGUUUGUUUGUUUAAAUCUGUUGUAUUGGUAAGGACAGAUUUUCAUCAAAAUUCUCCACUCGCAAAAUUGUCACAUGUAGCCGCUUGGUCAAAGGGUGAAUAGUGCUAUCCACACUGGAUAGAUCUCUAUCCAGGGGGUAUAGUGCAUUACAUUUUGUUGACACUUAUCCACUGGAUAGCAAUUUAUUUCUGGAUAGCACUGUCUUCCCUUUUGAGCAACUGGGCCAUGGGGUUUUUAGAGGUACAACCAAUUUAAAAGAGGCUGUAAGGUGACAUGAUCCACUCCUUUUUUAUGUAGAGCUUAGGUCAGUUGAAAUCAGUGUUGCUGUGGUGGGCGUAUUGGGUUGGUCUUGGCAUUCUUUCCUCUGUUGGCCUUGGCACUGGACUGCAUACAUUCCUUCUGUACUUGGUAAGCAAGCAUUAAGUUGAUUUACUUGAUAUACAAAUUUUGUGUGGCGAGUGCUGCUUGUGCAUUUUUGGAUUAACCUUUCAUCAAAGAGACAACACUCUAACAAAGUACUAACGCUUGAAAUGCCAGCUUUAAAACUUUUCAAGGGUGGCCAAUUUACAUUAUCAACUAAUUUCAUAAAAUUAAUUACCUUGUUGUAUAUCCACCAGUGCAGCACCACAGUUUCUCAGCCCCUUACACCCUAUGAUCAGUAUUCAUGUUCUCCAUACUGUUCUCUAUACAUUUCUUUAGGUGCUGACAUGGAGAAUUUGUUUAGCAAUCAAAAGCUUCUUUUGUUGUUGAUCAUUACGUUUAUUCUUGUAACCUUUAUGUUGGAUUCAGGGGUGAUAUUUUUUUUAGGAGAAAUUAGAUGCUUAUCACUCUUAGGGGUCUAAGGUUAAUUCAUCUAUGGAUUUCUUGUAUACCUGUUUUCCUUUCCUCUUUUUUCAAAGAUUUGAAUUUAUGAACUUCAAAUGUCAAGGCGUGAAAUUGCGCCUAAAACAGGCGCCAAUGCGACUAAAUUUUUCACUUUGGCGACCAAAUCCUGAAAGUUAGUCGCCAAAUUGGCGACUAGAAUGUUUCAUCAUAACCUAACCAAGAAAUAUAGUGAAUAAAAAGAUUUGCAAAGAUAAAUCCGCGGCAUACUUCCUCGUUAAGUUUGUUUCCAAAACGUAGCACAUGCAUCAUCUCGAUCGAUAACUAGACGCCAUCUUGGAUUUAGGUGAGCUUGAACGUUGUAUAUCAUCCAUCCUAGUGUCCACUUUGUAGCACUUAAGAGAUCUUUUCCCUUACUUAAUUUUGGAGGGUUUAUCUAGAACGCUGACAGCGUAAAGAAAGGUUUUGUUUGUCUUUGAAAAUGGCGACCACCUUUUUUUGAAUUGGCUACCCACUUUGAAGAAUUUAGGAGCCAAAUGGCUAUCAGAAAAAAAAAUUAAUUUCAUGCCCUGAAUGUUAAUCAGCUCUAACAUAUAUUUGUUGAAUGUCUUUCCAUCUGAGACUUUUUUUUAUUUGUUUACAAUGUGUCCUAGAUGCAAAGUAGAAUUUUAACUUCUUGCCUUGGCCUUUGACAUUGGUCUUUAAUUUGCAUAGUGAUGAUUUUUGUUUGAAUCAUACCCAGUUCACAUUGUGAAAUCACAAAAUUUAACUUCCUUCACAUGUAAUUUGCAUUCCUUUUUUUUCUAAAAGGGACCUCACAUAGCAUCAGUUACUCUGGCAGCCUGGGAAUGUGGCUCUUUAGACUUUCCUGAACCACCGUACCCUGAUGAGUAAGUCAUUUUAAUACCUUUGGUAAUGAGUGGAUCAUUUGUGGUAUCAAAUUCUCAGAUAAUACAUUUAAUUUUUGUGUUUUUUAUUAUUAUUAUUAUUAUUAUUAUUAUAGUAUCAUACUUAACCCUUGAACUCCCAGAAGUUAUUAACAUAAAACUUCUCCCUACAAUAUCCAUACAUUCUUCAGCAAACAGGUAAUGAGAAUAUUCAAACUUAUCAGUUAGAAGCUGCUAUUUCGAUCUAGCACCAAGUUCUCAUAACUAAUUUACAAGGAAAUGUGUAGCAGCUACAGGGGAGAAUUAACAAUCAGAUCUUGGGAAGUUAAAGGGUUAAUGGACUUUACAUGUAGGUGUUUGUUUCAUAGCCCCGCUGCCUGAGGAUCAUUAAAAAUGAAAGAGAGAGAGAGAGAGAACCCUAAUUUUUUUAUUCUUAUAUCUAAGAGUGAUGGGCGUCCAAUUUCUCGCUAAAAUAUCACCCCUGAAUCAAACAUUCAGGUCACUUGAAUAAAGGAAACGAUCACCAACUGAAGAGGUUCUUGAUUGAUAUGGAGAAUAUACAUUCAAAUGUUAGGAUUUAAAGGGUUAAGUUGGUUGUAUUGCAGACUGUGAUAAUAACUUACAUCUCUGUCUUUAACUUUACUCAUCUCAUAUGGUUUAUUAUUCCCAUUUUGUUGUUCUCACCAUUGUUUUUCGGUUUAAAUCAUUACUUUGUAGGUAAAUAAUUAUUUUUCAGUUGAAGGAGAUAGUUGGGGAAGGAGGGGGAAUACCCAUAGGAAAGUAGGCAGGCAGAAAAGAUAACUUGAAGCUCACUUUAGUCUUUCGUUCAGUAGAGUGGUCUCCAAAACUGGCAGCUUGAAUCUAAAACCAGUAAAUUUUAGCAGCACCAAAAUAGGCAUCCACAGGAGUUGAUAAUCAUCAUAAAAUUAAUUCAGUAGAUUAACCUGUUGUUGAGUCUGAAAGGCUGACAUUUCAAAUGUAUGCCUUUCACUCUGAUUGAGGCUAAUGCUGGAAAUGCCAGCUUUGCAAACUCCUGGCUCUUGUACAUGUACCUAUACAAUCAAGUCUGAGUCACAAGAAGUGAGCAUCUUUAGUACAUCUGUAUACUGGUGACUCCUUUUAACCUCGAUUGAUAGAGGUACUGACAACAAUAAUGACCUUGCUCUUAGAAUUCAGUGUCCUGAUGGCAAUCACACAUCCAAUGUCAACAUGUGGACCAUUAUGAGCAAAGUCAGGAUAGAAGCUUUUAUGUGGGUAAGCCAGUACCAAAUGUUCAUCUGUUAUUCCACUGUCUAUUGCAAUGAAUAAAAGAGGCAAGUUUCUUUAGAAACUGUGGUGCUGCGUUGGUGGAAGAGUAUAACAGGGUAGUUUCCUAUCAUCAACUGAGUUGAUAACACCAAAUUGACCACCGUAAGGAGUUUCGGUGCUGAUGUUUCAAGCAUCAGCCCUUCCUCAGAGCAAAACUCCUUAAGGUGGCCAAUUUUAGGUUAUCAACUCAGUUGAUAAUACAAAAUUACCCUGUCUACAUCGAUGUCAAGUUGUUCUUGGACAUUGUGUGGUUUCUAUAUGGUGCUUAAAUUCAGGGAGUUUUUUUAUUCAAGUUGGAUAUCUUUCACUGCUUUUAAAAUACAUGUAGAGCUUCGGCCUGCUUACCCUUCAACCUCUAAGUGUGACUAGCAUCUCAUUUUGCCUUAGAAUAUUACAGUUAUGAGAAUAAGGGAAGCUGUGAUUAGCAAGUAACAAAGUUCUUGAUUGUUAAACAAAUUCUCCUUGUCGGCACCCUUGAAAAUGUAUAGAGAACUGUUUGGAGAAUACACAUACUGAUGUUAGGGUGUGAAGGGCUAAACUUGAAGUACCAAUUAUGUUAAUUUUCUUAGGGUGCAGGAACUGCCAUUGGAGAGCUACCCCCUUAUUUUAUGGCCAGGGCAGGUAACCAGUUAUGUGUGACAUGUCCUUGCUGUUUAAUCAAAGGGAAUUUCUGAUUUUGUAUUUUAAAAAUCCCAACUCUUAAAAUUGCUGGAACUGAAUUAUUUUAAUUUAAAUGUUCAGUUCAGGGAAGAUUGUACAGAGUGUAUAUUAAUGAACACAUCCUAGACAGGUCAAUAACAUUCAUGAAUUUGUCACUAAGUCAUAAAGAAGGGACUUGUAUAGGUUGUGAGGGAAUUUUCUCAAUGGCCAAUUAAAUGGUAUAGAGAUGGAGUUAAUAACAUUUCAGACCAAUCACAUCUUGAAACUUGUGAACACUUAAUUACCCAAUAAAAACUAUACUCAACAAGGAUAGUGGAAAAUUUACAACUUCACAACAAAUGACCACCUGUUAUAUUGCAUUUUGUUUUUUUGCAAAAAAAUAUUAAGUUGUAUAAUCAUAAAUAGCCAAGCCCCAGUUGUUUGAAGGCCAAUUAGCACUAAGCUAGGGUUAAAUUUUAAUCCAGGUUUUUUAUAUUUCUUUGUUCAAAAGCCUUUUAGGGGAAAAUUUCCCUAUUCUUUUUAGAACAUCCAAUAACCAAAUUGCAAGCAAAGAGAUUUGAACUGAACUUUCUUUUGAAGCUUUUAGACCUGAAAUCAAACUUCACACUAAUCCUAGGUUAUCUUAACUGAGCUUUGAACAACUUGGACAAGGUGGUGUUAGUGUAGAGGUAUUGUGUGGCUGAGAUGUAUUGGGUGUGAAAAUAACAUCUGUCAGGUCUUUUUCCUUUGUUUUACACAGGCCAAACAAUUUUUAGUUGCCUGCUUGGGUGAAUACACCAAACGGUGAAAUUUCCUUCAACGAAUUUCCUUCUGUUUUCUUCAGCACGUUUGUCAGGAGAAGAUCCUGAUGAUGAGGAGCUGGAAGAGGUUGAGGAAUUAGAGAGAAUGACUUCUCUUGCCAACCAAAGUUUGUGGACUAGACUUAAGAAAAUGGUUCUUGAUUUAGUGGAGCGUGUAGGAUUCUUUGGCAUACUUGUGUGUGCCUCGGUAAGUAAAACCUGUUCUUUGUGGGUCAUUCUUUUCCCUAUCAAUACACAGUUAUUCCUUCCAUUUGAACAGUCGAGCCACACAAACUAUCGUCAGUUUUUUAUACUUUCAUGAGGCAAUCUUCAUUCAGUUGACACUUCCUCAGUUAGUUUAUGGGGGUGCUUUAAUCUACAGUCAACAAGAGAGCCAGGCUUUGUACCCAAGUGAGGCACAAUAUAUUCUUAUGACCUGAUUAUCAUUGGAAACGGAGAUUUACCGCUAAUUUGCCACAAAAUAUUGUUACGCUUAGGGUGUUGUGCAGUUACGAGAGUAAGGAACACACGAGUCUUGUAACACCCUAGGUGUGAGGAGAUUGUGUAACAAAUCAAAUGGCCAUCUCGGAUGCCAACCUGGUUCUCCGAUUGGUCCAUGCUUCUUUGUGUCUGGAAUCUGGCUCUCUGAUUGGCUAUGGACCAUAGCGCCCCUAUAUGCUACUCUUUCACACAAAUCUUUUAUGUCUCUUUUCAACCAGAUCCUCAGUUAGAGUUUAUGCAUUCAUACUCAGAGGUCAUUAAUAAUCACUUGGCUUUUCAAUUUUUUGACAGGUUCCAAAUCCUCUUUUUGACUUAGCUGGUAUCACUUGUGGUCACUGCCUGGUACCAUUCUGGACUUUCUUUGGGGCCACACUCAUUGGCAAGGCCAUAAUAAAGAUGCAUCUUCAGGUAAGAAUUGGGGCCUCUUCAUCUUUGUGUCUGUGGUUGGACAUCCGUUCAGAGAGGUCUGGUUUGAGACAGUCAAGUCAAUGUAUUUUCAUUUGACUUUUACGGUGCCUCCCGACCCUCAGGAGUCGGGAUAAAUGGGUAUUGGCGAAUUGUCAGGGAAGCCUGAUGAUAUUCUGAUAUUCUGAUGAUAUUCGGGGGGUGGUGGGGGUAACCUAAUGGACUAGUAUCCCAUGGGGGGGAAAGUAGUGUCGCUUAUGCUAUGGAAAUCAGGAUGACCUCUGACUGGGUUGGCUAGUUGGCACGGGUACAGACUUUUCCUUUCUUUCGUUGUGGUUGGUCUGUUCCGUUCUGAAUUUAAUAGAGAAGUGAAUCUUGAGUAAUUUCCAGGGGCACGUGAUUUGAAUUUGUUUUAAUUUUUAUUAUUAUUAUUAUUAUUAUUAUUAUUAUUAUUAUUAUUAUUAUUAUUAUUAUUGUUAUUAUUAUUCUAUUAUAUAAGAUGUAUUGUACUUUAUUUUUCAGAAAACGUUCGUUAUCUUAGCAUUUAGUAAAAAUUAUGUAGAGGCUGUUUUAUCCUAUGUUGGGUAAGUUUUCAUCUGUUAUUGCUGAUUCUACCCCACAAUGUUUUUUCCCCACAUUGGGCAAAUUUUAAACAAACUUGUACGGGUGUGAUAAGUCUCGGUUCACUUUUAAAUCAUUUAAAGCGUACAGCUACAAGGUUAGACCAAGAGCAGUCCCUCGUUCUCGGCGAAGUCUAUCGCGCGCGUCAAAACAAGUCAAUGAAAAAAAUAAUGUUAACGAGCUCUCCGCGACGCGCUAACAUUCUUAAGUUAACAGAGAGCUAACAUUGUUAAGCUAACAUUCUUAAGUAUCAUACUUUGAGUUUGGUAAUGCAACAUGAACGACUUAAAAGGUCGUUGUUGUCGCAAUACAAAGCGUUUUAAAGAUCACCAGACGACCAUUUUCGAUAUUUUUAUUAAACAGCUUCUACAUUACUAUAAAUGAUUUGCAAACUUUUGUAAGUCUUCUUGAGACGAAAUAAAAAAAACUAGACUCUUGAGGUGGAAAAAUUGUUUUUAAUUUUAUUUGAGAGGACAAUGGCAGGAUCCUCUUAAAAAGCUUCACUUCAUGUUCUUUUUCAUCUUCUUGGCGUGUUUUUUCUUGUUGAGUUUUUUAUUCUUUGUGAAUUGGAUAUGUGACUUUGAUGUGCAUUUUUUUUAUUCG